GGGGGCCGGUGGUCUGCUUUUGUGCACCUCCAUCCCAUACUUAACCGCCCCCAAUGGAUCCCGACUCCUACAAGCCAUGGCCCUCGAUUUAUUCUCUCUUCGUGGAAAAAAUGCCCUUGUGACUGGUGCUUCGAGAGGAAUAGGCCGGUCUGUAGCAAUUGCGUUGGCUCAAGCCGGCGCCAACAUUUGCCUAGUUCUGCGACCUUCUACUUUAUCCGAAUCAAAAGCUGACUCGACAGAGCAAGCGCUUAGAGCACUGAACGUCAAGGUUACAACCAUUGCUUGCAACCUCCAGGACCUCGAAGCCGUCAAACAUAUCUUCCCAAAGGCACUUGAACUUAUGGAUGGGAACAUCCAUGUACUUGUAAACUGUGCCGGUAUUCAGAGACGGUCACCCGCGAUUGAGUUCAGCGAGAAGGACUGGGAUGACGUCAUUGCGAUCAAUCUAAAGAGUGUGUGGUUGCUCGCUCAAGCCGCAGGUCAACAUAUGGUUCCCCUCAAGCGAGGAAAGAUCAUAAGUUUCGCCUCUCUGCAAAGCUUUCAAGGCGGGCUGACUAUUCCUGCGUAUGCUGCUGCAAAGGGAGGAAUAGGAAGCCUCACGAAGGCUCUCAGUAACGAGUGGAGCAAGGAAGGUGUGAACGUGAACGCCAUUGUCCCAGGUUAUAUAACUACUGAUAUGUAAGCCCUUCAUCAUUCUGUGCCUCUCCUGCCAUGCGGGAUUAUUCGUUCUUCCAUUCGCCUUCUUUCCCUUCUCUUGUAUUAGUGUCUUUUGCGUGCCUAGAUCCAACGCUACACUUUCAUAGUUUCAUCUUUCCGCUCCUUCUAUCCGCCACCUUCUUUCUCCCAUUCAGAUCCUUACCAUUGGCUCUAAUCUUAUACUUACCACGGCUUUGACGCAUCGCCAAAUCUUACCUGGUGGAAAUCUCGGUUACCAGAGCUCACCGUCGAUUCCUCCUUGACUUUGCUUUUCCUCGACUGCUCCGGUUCAGAGGACAGGAUGCUCUCUCCGAACCAGCAAAGAGCGGUUUGUUCGUACUUGUGUACUGAAACCCUGCCACCCUCGCAUGCGGUCUUCUCUUCGAUUACGAGUAUAUUUUCCGACCAACUUUUAAUCUUCUCCCAACUCCGACUCCUGAUCUCGCACAAUUUUCACUGGCACAUAGACGUGACUAACUCACCCAUGUAGGAACGAAGCCCUCCUGAACAAUCCAACACGUCUCGCCCAAUUGAAUGAUCGAAUACCUGCUGGAAGAUGGGGAACUCCGGACGACUUCGCUGGCCCAGUAGUCUUUCUCGCCAGUGACGCCAGUAAUUAUGUUUGUGGGGAGCUUCUUACAGUAGACGGAGGAUGGAUGGGUCGGUGAUCCGACUGGCUUGAUUUCUUGUACAAUCAUCAUAUUCGUUUCAUAAUUUUAUUCCUUUCUGAAGGUA